GGCGCCCAGCGAGCGUCGAGUGGCCACAGGCGGCAGCCUGCGCCCGGCCCUGCCCGCCCCGCCGCCUGGCUGCCGACGCCCGGGCCCGGCGAGGCGCGCUGGCCUUUGACUUGGGGGCACUUGCUCUCCCCUCCCAUCAGUGCUCUGAUCGUGAAUUCAUCCGGGGUCCAGGAUGACAAUCCGACACCAAGGCCAGCAGUACAGGCCGAGGAUGGCAUUUCUGCAGAAGAUUGAAACACUCGUGAAGGACAUGCAGAACCCGGAAACAGGGGUCCGGAUGCAGAACCAGAGGGUCCUGGUCACCAGUGUCCCUCACGCCAUGACAGGAAGUGACGUUCUGCAAUGGAUUGUUGAGAGGCUUUGGAUCUCCAAUGUGGAGGCACAGAACUUGGGCAACUUCAUUGUCAAGUACGGCUACAUUUACCCCCUGCAAGACCCCAAGAAUCUCAUUCUUAAACCUGAUAACAGCCUCUACCGUUUUCAGACACCCUAUUUCUGGCCCACCCAGCAGUGGCCAGCUGAAGAUACAGAUUAUGCCAUCUAUCUGGCCAAGCGAAAUAUCAAGAAGAAAGGGAUUUUGGAAGAAUAUGAAAAGGAAAAUUACAAUUUCUUGAACCAGAAAAUGAACUACAAGUGGGACUUCGUCAUCAUGCAGGCCAAAGAGCAGUACAAGGCUGGAAAGGAGAGGACCAAAGCAGACAGGUACGCCCUGGACUGCCAGGAGAAGGCAUACUGGCUGGUGCACCGAUGCCCGCCAGGAAUGCACAAUGUGCUGGACUAUGGCCUGGACCGAGUGACUGAUCCGAAUGAAGUUAAGAUCAUCUGUAGGCACCAUGCUAGAAUGAGACCAACCCCAGACUUAGUCUUUAAUUCAUCUUGCCUUUUUGGAGAGCAACAUGAAAUUACAGUGAAAGAAACAAUCACUGCUGUCAAAAAAGAGAUCAUGUAUUACCAACAGGCCUUAAUGAGAUCUACAGUGAAGUCUUCAGUGUCCCUUGGAGGGAUUGUCAAGUACAGCGAGCAGUUUUUAUCCAACGAUGCUAUCAUGUCAGGCUGCCUCCCCAGCAACCCUUGGAUAACAGAUGACACCCAGUUCUGGGAUUUAAAUGCCAAAUUGGUGGAAAUCCCAACCAAGAUGCGGGUGGAACGAUGGGCUUUCAACUUCAGUGAAUUGAUCCGAGACCCGAAGGGUCGACAGAGCUUCCAGCACUUCCUCAAGAAAGAAUUCAGUGGGGAGAAUCUGGGAUUCUGGGAAGCCUGCGAGGAUCUGAAGUAUGGAGAUCAGUCCAAGGUCAAGGAGAAAGCAGAGGAGAUUUACAAGCUGUUCCUGGCCCCAGGUGCGAGGCGCUGGAUCAACAUAGAUGGCAAAACCAUGGACAUCACAGUGAAGGGGCUGCGGCACCCUCACCGCUACGUGCUGGACGCCGCCCAGACCCACAUCUACAUGCUCAUGAAGAAGGAUUCUUACGCUCGCUAUUUGAAAUCUCCAAUCUACAAGGAGAUGUUGGCCAAAGCCAUUGAGCCUCAGGAAACCAAGAAAAGCGCCAGCCUCCCGUUCAUGCGGCGUCACCUGCGCUCCAGCCCGAGCCCGGUCAUCCUGAGGCAGCUGGAGGAAGAGGCCAAGGCGCGAGAGGCAGCCAACACUGUGGACAUCACCCAGCCGGGCCAGCACUUGGCUCCCAGCCCACACCUGGCAGUGUACACUGGAACCUGCGUGCCGCCCUCCCCUUCCAGCCCUUUCUCCUCCUCCUGCCGGUCCCCCAGGAGGCCCUUCCCCUCACCUGGCCGCUUCAUUCGGCGGCCCAGCAGCACCAUCUGCCCCUCGCCCAUCAGAGUGGCCUUGGAGAGCUCCUCAGGCUUGGAGCAGAAGGGGGAGCCCAGUGGGUCCAGGCUCCCCAAUGGGUCCUCUGAGGCCGAGGGCAGUGAGGCCUCCAUCCACGGUCCCUGGUCCCGCAGCCUGCCCAGGGCCCCUCCCAAGGCCCGCAUGGCUCUGUCCUUGGGCAGGUUUCUCAGACGAGGCUGUUUGGCUUCACCUGUCUUCGCCAGGCUGUCACCCAAGUGCCCCCCUGUGUCCCACGGGAAGGUGCAGCCCCUGGGGGAUAUGGGCCAGCAGCUGCCACGGCUGAAAUCCAAGAGAGUAGCAAAUUUUUUCCAGAUCAAAAUGGACAUGCCUACAGACAGCGGGACCUGCCUGAUGGACUCAGAGGACACUGGGACAGGAGAUGCAGGUGACCAGGCCAUAGAGAAGGAGGUCAUCUGCCCCUGGGAGAGCCUGGCCCAGGGGAAGGCAGGCUAAGCCAGGGGCGGUGCACCUGGAGGACGCUCCUGACAGGUGCCAUGGAUGGGGUCACAGAUGCUCGCUCAAGAACCAAAGUGCAUGACUCCUGAGGACUGCAGAGAUAAGAUGGGGUGGAUUGUGGCAAAGAAUGCCCCAGCCAGCUCCCUGUGGCUAACUCUUCCUCCUCCUCCUGACUUUCCUUCCCUCGAGCAGAAAAGAGGCAUGUGGACCAGAAGACUUUCCUUGCUGCCUUAAAACCAGUAAAAGGUUAACUUUCUUGGACUGGAAUGUUAGGGCGCGUCUGGUUUUAUUAGUUAUUUAUGAGUGAUUAUUUACGAGUUAAAUUCACAUCUCCUUUUGCUUUCUAGACAAAGGACAUGGGGUCACUUCUAAGAGGUCUCUCCCUGUCUGAACAGAGUUGGGUAUAAGGCUCCAUCAACUCAGCUCCUGAGGUCUGCCCCCCAGUGUGGGGGGAAGGCUGAAGAAAGACACACUCCUUGAAAGCCAGGAGUGUUCAUUCAGAUUCUCCGAUGGGAUUGGACCCACCGGAGAUUUGUUAGGGAAAACCCUUGCAGAAGAUAAAGGACCAGAACUGGGGAAGAUGGAGGUUGAGGGGUCUGGACAGAGCAGGUGCAUGUGUGAGCUCUAGGGAAGAAGGAGUGGGCCAGCAGGGUCUCAGAUGGCAGCACAGGUCUAAGAAAGUUUCGGUCAGGCCACUGGAUAUCCUUAAACCAAAGACAUGGUUGGAGGGGGCUUGUAAUCUACAGUCACAAUAUGUGGGUACAGACUAGGAGUCUCUGUUGGAAGCCUGGCUAUGGCGUGGACACACUGGUGGGUCCUGAGUCUCAGCAGCUGGGCCAUCAGCCCACAUGCGCCUUACAAUAAGAGUUCUGAACAUUUGUUUCUCUCCCACUGCCAGGCCAAUAGGUACUUCCAGAGGUUUAACUCCCCCUUCUCUCAGUUACUCAUUCAACAAGUAUUUAUUGAGCCUCUACUAUGUGCCAGGGGCUGUGAUAGACCCUGGGGAUGUAGCUCUGAGGAGGACUCCCUGGCUCACGGAAUUCAUCUAGAGCAGAAGUUCUCCACUGGACAAUUUUGUUGCCCAGGAGACAUUGGGCAGCAUCUGGAGACAUUUUUGCUUGUCCAGACAGGGUGAGGGGUUGCUAUGCCAUGUGGUAGGCAAAGACUGGGGAAGUUGAUAAGCAUCCUCCAACAUACAGAACCCCCCCCCCCAACAAAAGACUGUGGGUCCAAAAUAUCAGUGGUGCCACUGUCAGGAAACCUAGGUCUACAGAUUACACCCCCUUGUCUUAUGUUUCUGUGCAAGCCCUCAAGUGCUGCCCGAAUGGGUCCUGGUGAGAUCAUAAUUGAAUGGGACAGUGGGUUGAGGUUAAGGGCUAUAUGGUGAAUAAAACAGUUCUUAAAAGUUGCAUAGAAGGUCCUCACAGGAGAAAAACAUUAAGUGGUUUGCCAAACCACUCAUUAUGUUCCUUCCCUUUAACCCCAACUUCAUCAGAAUUCAGUUAGCAGAUAAGAGCCCCUGACUUGCUUUUAACCUCUGACAGUUUAUCUUAUUCAGCCCAUAAAUACUGGGGCUGCUGAAUCAUCUCUCUCUGCACUUCUAAGAAUGAUGGUUGGGUAGGUUGGUGGCUGAAAUCCGGACUUACUGAUUCCUGCAGGGUAACCGCAGAUGCUUCAAUGCUUACAGAGCAUUGCUUAUUUCAAAUUCUACGAAAUCUGCUCCACUGUGCUCUCAAAAGAGUCACUCAUCAACAGUGGAGAAAACUUUUUCUCUCAGAAAGUAAUAGUAUGGGUCUUUCUUGGAAGGUGAACGGGCUGAAGAAUUUGAUGACUUUAUUUGCAAAACUGGUCUAAAAUGAGACUAAGGGUGAAGUGACCCGUAUUCUAUUAUCAACCAGUGUGUUGAGAAUAAGGAAAAUCUAAACCCUAAAUGUGGAUACUAGUGUCUACGGGGCUCCACUCCUAAGCUCCUCCUACAGAGGAACUCAGCCCAUCUGGCUCCCCAGCAUUAAGGAUAGAAGGCUCCAGAAUGCCCAGGUUGGACUAGGUCAAGUGCAGGGUAAAGUUCAGUAAUAAACAGAAGAAAGGAAGUGGUGCAGACGUGAGGGAGUAUCUGUCUGUGUUACAUAGCUGCCCAAAGACCAGAGGGGAGUUAGGACAGGAGUCCAGGGAAGAGAAGAAACCCAGGGACCAAUUAAUUUUUUUUUUUAUUUUGUUGUUCCCCCCAAUUCCUAGUCACAGGUAUGAUGAUUCUCUGUCUUAUCAUUAGAAUUCACUGGGGAAAAGUCAAAGAUCCUGAUGUCUGAGCCACAUAGAAUCCGAUGAGGUCAGGACUUCUGGGGAUAGAGCAGGGGUGUCCAACCUUUUUUUUUUUUUUUUUUUUUUUGUCUGCCCACAUUGGAAGAAGAAGAUGUCUUGGGUCACACAUCAAAUACAUAAAAACUAAUGAAAACGGAUUAACAACAACAACAAAAAAGCUCAUGCACACUUUUUGUGAUAUCCAACAGCAUAGAAACAUCCUCACAAAAUCAGCACGGGGGUCUUCAGGCUCUAGGUUGGACCCUCCAAGUAGUGCCAGCAUCAGGAUAGUUUUAGAGCCUUUCCCAGGAUGAUUCCAAUGUCCAGCUGAGGUCAGGAACCACUGCUCUGAGGCAGUGAUUGGAGCUGGCUCACCACUCCCAUGCCUAUGUCCACACCCAGGGAGCUAACUGGAAAAGAGGAAGUGGUGGGAAGACAGCUUCUUAGGUUUGCAGUCAGGAGCUUAAUAGCACACGUCAUUUGCGUUCAUAUCCACUGGUCUGCCCUUGGUCACAUGGGGCCAUCUCCAGCUGCAAAGAAGCUGGAAAAUGUAGUCUCUGGUUGGGCGGAUGUGUUAGCUUAGCGGUGUGAAUAGCUAAACUUCUGGAGGUUCAUGUACUAGGAAGGAAGAUGAGAGGGUGGAUGGCGGUGGUCUCUCCAGUCUGGAGGGGUAUGGGAAGUGUGGUGGGGUGGGGACGAGAGGAGAUGAGAGGGACCGCUUCAUUUUUGUUUGGCCAAAUCCUUCAUGAAUGCCUGUAAAACAUGGCUGUGCUCUACGCCACAGUUGGUGGCUUUUCACUCCCUCAGACUGAAUGCCUGCUGGAUGUCAAACACCAAGCAAGGUGCUGGGGGUGAAGCUGACUCCCUCGGGGAGGUGCUACUGUCGCUCAGGGGGAAGCCAGGUCUCGGAGCCACUGGUGGCUGCUGCCUCCUGCGCUGUGGGAUGUGGGAGUCCUGCCCUGCCCGCCUUCCGGUUGGAGAAGCUCCCUGGUUUUUCCCUCUGUGAACUGGGGGCGACACUUUGGCCUUCUUCUCAGGGUUAUGCACGGUACAAGAAGAAACCAUCAUUAUGCUUCCUUUAAACCUGUGUUGUGAGUUGUCUCUUUUCCCAUCACUGGAUAAAAGCUCAGCUCUGAGGAGUCCCAAUAACCUUUCUGGUCACUUUCAGAAAUAAAAAUCCUCCAGGCACUAUUAGUGACAGAGAAAAGUCUGCUGUUUAGCUCUGUACGUAGUUCAAAUAUUAGUGAAAUAAGCACAGUCUGGAACUUCAUCCAUGGGUAAGGCUCCUUCUCACCUCCAGCAUGGGGCUGUCCCAGGCUGGGACACCUGCGGCGGGUGGGGUUGGGGCAGAAGAACGUUCUUAGUUGACCAGUAUAGAGGCCAUUCAUCACGGUGCUCCUGGGGUCCUCCCCGCUGGCUCUUACUUGGUGCUGGCAGGCUUUUCCUAGAUUUUUGGGACCUGGCCUCAGCUGUCUUGGUCAGACGGGGUCAUGGCUCUCAUCUAGCCAGCGGCCUGAGGGUCUCUUUAGCCCACGAGCAGCCUGUGGUCCACACCUCGCCUGUGGUCACAUUCCGAGUUAUCUGGAGCAAGAUUUAAAUGGCUGCAGGAGGCUCCCCCUCCGCGCAGCUUUUGCCCCUCCAGGGCAGCCCUGUCCUCCUUCCCUCUGUUGCCCCACCUGACCUCAGCUUUCCUCUUGCCCUCCAAGUCCUCUGAGUGGCCCCGUGAAACUUCUUCCCUUAGCUCAAGAGCAGGCACAGCAGCCCCUUCCCAGCUGGUGGGUUUGUAAGAGUGACUUUCAGACCUGAGCCUGGGCAAGGCCUGUCUAUGCGGCCAGCACCCACUGAGUACAGAGAGAGGGGUCACACCUGCUAUUCAUUGUCAGCUUUUGAGGUCACAGUUAACACAGAGACUGAAGACUCUUAUUGUAACAUCCCAUUCCAGUGUGCUGGGGUGCGGUUCUUCUCCUUCUCUUAAGGACCUACAAGCGGAGCAAGUUUCCCCAGGGUCCCUAAGGGGGUUGUCGCUUUGCCCUCUGGGGCAGGAAUCUUUGGUGGCCCAUUAGGGCUAUGGAUUUGUGGACCCGGGCAGCAGGCAGUGCUGCUGAUGUGCUCAGAAACAGAAGAAGAGGAUCAAUAGAGUCUGUACAGGCUGAGUACCCGAGGGUGCCUGCGCGCCCCAAAGAUGAGCUAGGGUCAGGGUGGGGAGCAGGGGACCUCGAACACCUCAGCCUCAGAGGCCCAGCCCUCUGCUCUGGGCGCUGUCACACUUCACCAGAAGAGGGAGUCCGAAGUUCACAGAUAUCCCAAGAGGCAGCUGGAGAAGAGGGAGAGGGACUGUCUUCAGUUUGCAGAUGUGAUUUCCUGGCUUAUAAGUAGCAGAAAGCCUCUAGCUGAAGCCUGAUGUACUCUCUGUCUGUCUGUCUAUAUAUAAUAUAAUGUAUGGUAAAAUGUAUUGUUACAUACAUCUAUUCUCUAUGUAAAUUUGGAAUACUAUAACAAAUAUCCACAUGCACAUUACUCAGACUUGGCUGUUAACAUUUUGCCCUAAUUAUUCCUAAUGCUUAGAAUAAAAUGAAAA